UAUCAUGCGGAUGUAACGGGGUUGAUUGCUACUAUUAUGUCUGUCGAUGAAAUCUAUUUCAGGAAGAACGUUUGUCCUCAUGAAGAGGUUGAAAUCGUUACUGUACAAGAACCGUGUGUUCAAGCAUAUACGAAAUAUGUGAGAAUUCGAAAGCCGGGAUGCAACGGACAGUUUCGUUCAUGCUCAGUACGCGAACCAAAGACCGUUUAUUAUCGCACCUACAAGAAUGUGACACGAACCAAACGCCAUACGACUGUGCAGUGUUGUUCUGGAUGGUUGCACGUGCCUGGUGAAGAUGGCUGUCAAAGAGCGAAUUGCACACCAGAGUUAUGCCACAACGGAGGAACUUGUGUACCAGUGCAAAAUGGUACUGAACAAGUAUGCUAUUGUCUGGAAGGGUUUCAAGGAACAAGAUGUCAAUAUGGUAAAUAUCUUCUCAAUGUGAAUGAGUGUUUAAUCGAUAAUGGUGGAUGUCACCAUGACUGUGUUAAUACGAUCGGUACUUUUUACUGCAGAUGUUUUCCUGGAUAUCGGCUUGACAACGAUCACAAGAAAUGCAUCGAUAUUGAUGAGUGCGAAACGGACAAUGGUGGUUGCGAAUAUCGGUGUGUGAACACAGUUGGUGGUCAUCACUGUCAGUGUCCUCCUGGCAAACAACUGCAUUCAGAUGGCCGACGCUGUGUCUUUGCUUACGUGUGGAAGCAACGUACUUACGAAACACGUGCGCGUCGAAUAAUGGAGGAUGCGAACAGAUUUGUGAACAGAGAAGAGGCCGAUUCUAUAGGUGUAAAUGCAAACACGGAUUCAGACUCGCCAGAGACAGACGAAAAUGCCAUCGUAACUAUUGAUCCAUGUUAUCCGAAUAAAGCAGGAUGUGAACAACAUUGUAUCAAUGAUAAUGGCAGAGCUGUUUGUCAAUGCUAUCUCGGUUAUCAUCUUGCUACCGAUCGUAAAUCCUGUAUCGAUAUCGAUGAAUGCUCAGUGAUGAAUGGAGGUGGAUGUGAACAUGAGUGUGUUAACGUUUACGGCUCUUAUAGAUGUCGAUGUCGAGUAGGCUAUAAACUUGCUGACGAUGGAAGGAGUUGUGAUUUGAAAUUCGAAGGUUGCAAGCUAGCAAAUGGCGGCUGUCAACACCACUGUUACGAUCAACCCGAUGGUGGUGUCAUUUGCGGCUGUGGAAGUGGCUAUAAGCUUGCAGCAGAUGGAAAAUCUUGUUCAGAUAUUGAUGAGUGUGAAUUGAACACUGAUGGCUGUGAUCAGUUGUGUGAAAAUAUUCCUGGAUCAUUUCAAUGCUCUUGUAAACCGGGGUAUAUACUCACGUAUAAUGGCAAAACGUGCGACGAUAUCGAUGAAUGUGUUGCGAAUAAUGCUGGAUGUGAGCAUAUUUGUACCAAUGAAGCUGGCGGCUACAGCUGUUCUUGCGAGGAUGGUUUUCUGCUUGCAUCUGAUCAUCAUUCUUGUCAUGAAAAAUAUUCGAAUCAAAAACAUCGCGAUGCGAUUAGCACUGAUCUUACGAACGGCGAUUCUCGAUUUGCAUUCCUUUCUAAACAACAUCAAGUGGCUCAUGAUGACGUUCAUAUCGCCGAAUUCAACGAUUUUGGCACUGUCUUUUUAGCACGCGAUCAGCAAAGAGGAAGAUGCAGUCGUGAUAAGACGUCUUGUGAAUGCGCUGAUGGUUACACUGGCGACUUAUGCGAGAAAGUGUGUACAGAAGGAACAUGGGGCAAGGGUUGCAAUCAUAUCUGUGCAUGUGAUGGGCGAAUAUGUCAUCAUGUCAGUGGAGAAUGCGUUUGUCCUAAAGGUGCUGUAUGCGAUGAUGAUUGCCCAGCAGGCUUCUAUGGUCCAUCCUGCGAAUUACCAUGUCGUAUGAGCUGCGAUUCCGGACGCUGUGAUAAGACGUAUGGCUACUGUACCUGUCCAGCCGGUUUAUAUGGCGAGAAAUGUGAUCUCAGCUGUCCAUCUUUUACGUUUGGCAAGAACUGUAGGCACACUUGCAAAUGCACCAAACAUCAUACCGAACUGUGUGAUUCAAAGAGUGGUAAAUGCAUUUGUAAAAGCGGAUUCUAUGGUCCUUUCUGCAAACGGAGAUGUCCAAUGGGAUUCUAUGGACCAUCGUGCAUGAAGGAAUGUAGCUGUGGUCGAGGAUUAUUGUGUGAUCCUGUGACUGCUUGUUCUGCCGGAACAUAUGGCCAUGACUGUUCACAGAAAUGCGAUUGUGCUCAAGGAUCACCACAAGUGUGUCAUCAUGUUACUGGCACGUGCACGUGUUUGCCCGGGCUGUUUGGAGUGAAAUGCGACAAGCCAUGCCCGCCCGGUUUAUACGGCCCCAAUUGCCAGCAUGAGUGUUCAUGCAAGAAUGGCGCUCAGUGUAAUGUAAAGGAUGGAUCGUGUGAAUGUCCACCGGGUUACUAUGGAGCAUCAUGUAGUGAAGUGUGCCCAACGGGUCGUUAUGGUACUGAUUGCAUGAAAUUGUGCGAUUGUCAUAAUGGAGGCAGUUGUUCACCAACAAACGGCCAUUGUGAAUGUUUGCCGGGUUGGAGUGGUGAAAAGUGUGAUAUCGUAUGUAAAGAAGGAACAUACGGUAUCCAGUGUUCUAGUCGAUGUUCUUGCGAUGAGGGUAUGAACUGUGAUCCAAACGAUGGAGAAUGUAUCUGCCCUCCGGGAUAUAGGGGUAAAAGCUGUGAAUUAGCGUGCGAACCAGGUCGUUUUGGAGCAGGUUGUAAAGGCAUUUGCACUUGCCAAAAUAACGGUAGCUGUGAUGCGGUGAGUGGUUCUUGUGAGUGUAAAGCUGGAUGGAGAGGCGAUUCAGAGAUAACACCAUUUGUUACGAAGUGUCAUCCAGUAACUGGUGAAUGUAGAUGCGCUGAAGGAUGGACGGGGCCAGACUGCAGAACACCUUGCCCACCAAAUAGAUGGGGCGUUGCUUGCAAAUUCGAAUGCUCCUGCCAGAACGGUGGCUCAUGUGAUCGCAUCACUGGAUUCUGCGAUUGUCCACCUGGCUUCAUGGGACGGCGCUGUGAGCAAGUUGACACGUUCAUUUCAGAAUGUCCAUUCGAUCUAUACGGUGCAAACUGUAUAAGUCAUUGUGUUUGCAUGCAUGAUGGAGCAUGCGACUCAAAAACUGGUGCAUGCACAUGUGCACCUGGUUGGACAGGUCCAGCAUGUGAAUUUGCAUGUCCGUUUGGUCAGUUUGGUCGCAACUGUGAACAAAAGUGUGAUUGUAUGAAUGGCGCUGGUUGUAAUCGAACCAGUGGAGCAUGCCAGUGUUUACCUGGUUGGAUUGGAACGAGAUGUGAUCGCCAAUGUCCGAACGGUCAUUUUGGAGAGCGAUGCGAAGAAACAUGUCAAUGUGAGAACGGCGCUAGUUGCGACCCAAUUAGUGGACAUUGCCAAUGUGCACCUGCAUGUCUAAAGGGCUACUUUGGUCGUCAUUGUGCACAGGCUUGUCGCUGUCAAAAUCAAAAACCGUGUGAUCACAUCACGGGUCGUUGCCAGUGCCCUCGAGGUUAUACAGGCCAUUCAUGUACAGAAUUAUGUCCACCAGGUAGUUAUGGUGACGGUUGCAAGCAGCAGUGUGCGUGUGGAUCGAACGCUGAUUGUGAUCCCAUUAACGGCAAAUGCUUUUGCAAGCCUGGAUAUAUGGGUCCUGGUUGCACGCAAGGUUGUGUGCAAGGUCGUUUUGGUGUGGGUUGUCACGAGACAUGCCAAUGUACAAACGGAGGAGUGUGCAGUAAAACGAAUGGUGCAUGUACCUGUCCACCUGGUUUUAUUGGCACUAAAUGCGAAGUUCCAUGCCCUGAAAAUCGAUUUGGUGAAAGAUGUGAGAAGAUCUGUGAAUGUGGUAAUGGUGGAACGUGCGAUCGAUUAACGGGACAGUGCCGUUGCGCACCUGGUUUCACUGGUAUUCAGUGCGAGCAAGUGUGUCAAGAGGGAAAGUACGGACCAGGAUGUCGAGAAAAAUGUCGUUGUGCAAAUCAAGGACGUUGCGAUCAGGCAACUGGCGAAUGCUCGUUGGGUUAUACAGGACCAACAUGCGAGCAACCUUGUCCGAGUGGAAAAUACGGUAUGAAUUGCUCGAUGGACUGUGAGUGUCAUGGCGAGGCGAGAUGUGAUCCAGUUCAGGGAUGUUGCGAUUGUCCGGCUGGUCGUUACGGAACACGCUGUCAAUUUACAUGUCCUCCUGGUUUCUACGGAUGGUACUGCAGUCAGACAUGUAACUGCCAAAAUGGUGCAACUUGUGAUCCUGGCGAUGGACAAUGUCUCUGUCCGCCUGGUUACUAUGGCGAUUUGUGCGAGCAGUCUUGCACAAAUAACACCUAUGGUCCUCAUUGCCAGCUGACGUGUGAUUGCGGUGAAUUUGCUUGCGAUCAUCGUAGUGGACAUUGUGAAUGUCCGAUGGGUAUGCAUGGCCCUCAGUGCAAACAAGUUUGUCGGCCUGGACGUUUCGGUAAAAAUUGCGCACAACGAUGUGAAUGUUAUAACGGUGCUAAAUGCGAUCGAAUAACAGGGCAAUGUUCUUGUGCACCUGGUUACUUAGGUGCAACUUGUCAAUUCGAGCAAACCGAUACAGAAAGUGUCGCAACCAGAGGUGAUCUACCGGAAUAUCAGUUCCGUCGAAAACGAUAA